AUGUCGCCGGCGCUGUCCCUGCUGCCUGCGCUGCUUCUGGCGGCGACGGCAGCCGCCGCGGAGCCCGAAUGCCCAACAAAGUGUGGCGACGUGGACAUCCCCUACCCGUUCGGCAUCGGCGCCGGCUGCUCCCGCAGCAAGGGCUUCGAGAUCUCCUGCAUCAACAACGGCACCACGGCGGCGCUCCGCUCGGCCACGCAUACCAUCCCGGUGACCAGCCUGUCGGUGGCGCCGCUGCCGGAGGCCAGGGUGAUGCUACCGGUGGCCUACAAGUGCUACAGCUCGGACGGCUACUCCGUCAAAUAUUCCAACGGGCAUGUGGACCUGAGCGCGCACGGCGUGUACCGCAUCUCCGACGCCCGGAACAUGUUCGUGGUGCUCGGGUGCAACACCGGGGCCUUCACCAUGAACUCCGGCGUCGACGACGGCGACGUCGGCCGCUACCGCUACCAGUACUACAUGGGCUGCUUCACCUACUGCAGAGGCCCCGGGAGCCCCAGGGACGGCAGGUGCGCCAGCGUCGGCUGCUGCCACGUCGACAUCCCGCCGGGCCUCACCGACAACGCCGUCUACUUCGAGCAAUGGAUGGCUACGAAUUCCGGGCGUCCGACCUGCACAUGGACGUGA